UUACUUGUUUGUUUGUGUGUUUUUGUAUUUUGCCUUUGUGUUUUCUUAGCUUUGUGUUUUCGAUUUUCGUGUUUUUGCAUUUUUUUUUUGUGUCUGUGUUUUUGUGUUUUUUGGUGUUUUGUGUAAAUGUUUUUGUGUGUUUGUGUUUUUUGGUGUUUCUGUGUUUAUGUUUCUAUUUUUGUGUUUUUUUGUGUUUCUAUUUAUGUGUUUCUGUAUUUGUGUUUUUUUGUGUUUCUAUUUUUGUGUUUCUGUAUUUGUGUUUUUUCGGUCUUUGUAUUUGUGUUUUUUUGUAAUUUGUGUUUUUCCUUUAAUGUUAACCUCUUUUAA